UUAUCCCAACACCACCUCUCUCUCUGACUUCUCUGACGUCCCACCACUGUCCCCCCACCCCCACCACUCUCCUCAUACCUUUGCUUUUCCAUAAUUAAACAUCAGUACCCACCAUCUCUCUCUCUCUCUCUCUCUCUCUCUCUCUCUCAUACACACACUCUCUGUCUCUUUCUCUGUCUGUCCAUUUCCUUCUUGUUUUUUUUUUUUUGCUUCUUUAGUUGUGUCCUCUCAUCUAGUCUCCACUAAUUGUAUAUGUUCAUGGGAUGAUCAGCCAUAUAGAAAGCACAACUGAAGCAGUUGUCUGCAAAUUCGAACCAAUAUAAAUCCAUAAGCUUUGCAAUUCUGCUUGAUCUUUGUGUGAAAACAUGUACUGCUGCAAAAUGGUUGUGGCUUUUACCUAUGAAGGACACCUGUAAUCUGUGCUCAUGUCUUUCUUUUUCUGUCUAAGCCCGUAAUCCGUGCCUAUGGGGUCUGGUUAGUCAAGUUUUGAAUUGAAGUUUUGGGUGUUUUGGCUGCACUCUGUAGAGCCUAUUACAGAAUAGUCAUUCUUAUCAAUGAAGACUUAUGCUGGUCCUCUAGAUAUCUCAAAAACCAGAGUGGCUUAACCUGGUUGUUGCAAAUCUAGGAUGUAAAGUGACUUCUAGAGCAAACCACGCAGCCCAACAAUGAAACCUGGCUUUGACCUCGAAGUAAAGGCCUCUUCUGAAAAUGAUUCUGAAGUUAGCAGUCAAGUAGCUUCCAACAAAUCCAUCACCUCUGCAGGUCUCUCCAAAGACAGCCUUGAUGACUCUUCCCAACUCACAGAUCUCUUUGUUACUCGACCCAAGUCAGACCCAGUCACCCUCGACUUAACUCUCAACUUCGUCGCUGAUGAUUUAGGGGGAAGGGAUUCAAUAGGACUCUCAUUGUCAAGCACGAGUGAGAGCAGCAACGAGCCUGCAUCCCAUGCUACAACAGCAGCCAUCCCACGGGUCUUUUCUUGCAAUUACUGUCAACGCAAGUUCUUCAGCUCGCAGGCUCUUGGUGGCCACCAAAAUGCACACAAGAGAGAAAGAACAUUGGCAAAGCGGGCCAUGAGAAUGGGCAUUUUCUCAGAGAGGUACGCCAGCCUAGCAUCUCUGCCUCUACAUGGAUCUCCAUUCAGGUCACUAGGAAUCAAGGCACACGCUUCUGCACAUCAUGGCUUUGUGCCACCAACCAGGCCCCCCGAAAUCAGAAACACCCCCAAGUUUCAACAUGGGUACUUGGGUAUGCCCAUUUUCUUGGAGGAUGAUGAGGCAGAGUUGUUGUGGCCUGGUAGUUUUCGUCAGGCUGCUGAGGCAGGUAAUCCUCAUCCAAGUUUUGUACUGACUGAAAGUCGAAAUAUAAAGUUUGUGGAGGUGAGUCCACCUGUGGACAUAGACAACUCUACACCCGACCUCACGUUGAAACUUUGAGAGGAUUGUUGCUUUCAAAUCGGGCUUCAGUAUCUCCACUUCUGUUAUAUCUCUGUACAGUGAGAUGUGCCUGGCCAAUGACUGCAAGCUUUUGUUCUUAUAGAUCUUUUCUUUCUCUGUUGGUUAUCCCAUCUUCCCUUUUGUGUUCUACUCUGUUUGUCGUUGUAUAAGAGCUUCCCCAAGGAUAAUUUGUUGCUCCUAUGCUUGUUAUGACACAUAUCAUGCUUUUGAUUUAAAUAACGUUAUUCCAGUGUUCAGGUUAUGAUUGA